AAUGAUAAAAUAACCUCCUUUAAUAGUAUUGAACAUGAAGGUGAAGUACACUCCAUUUCCGUAGCUAAAAAUAAUGAGCUUAUUGGAUCUGAGGGAGAUAAACAUUUUUUUGAAGAGUCGAGUUCUGUUAUUAACAAUUCAGUUUCUACAAAGAAGGGCAUAUUUGAAGUAAAUCAGAAUCAACCCCAAUUCUGUGAACCUGAAGAUAUUAGUACAAGUUUUUUUGAGGAUUUAAGCUUUGAUGAAUCUAAUUUUAAAGAACCUAUAAAGUUGGACAAUGGCAGACGCUGCAAGGUGAUUGCAGUAGAAAAGCUGGAGGCUUGCGGAGAGGUUGUCCUAACUCUUCAACCUUGUGACUCUAUCUCUGGAGAGACAGCUGUAUGUGUCCUCAGGGGCUCUUGGACAUCCACAGUGGUGAGGGAGGGUGAUGUGGUGAGUGUAACAGCCACCCAGAUGAGCAACCAGCCCGGCUGUUGGGUGGUGGACAACGACGCCGGGAUGCUGACCACCCACCCCGACACACUGGUCUCCGGCACAACCAUUGUCGGUUCACUGUUCUGCACGCGGCGCUCUGUGCUCUCGGACAUGUACCGGGGCAUGGACGCCGAUUCUUCCAUCAUGGUCAUGGGCAGUUUCCUUCACCAGCUUCUCCAGGAGGUGCUGAAAAGAAAGGUUUCCUCACUGGAAGGAAUUAACGGAGUUUUAAGUGAAUUUGUCUCAUCCCGCCACUUCAUCUUCAGCUUAUAUUCUUCAGGGAUGCCUCUUGAUGAAACAAAAGAAUCUCUUAGUGAAUUUGUUCCCAAGAUUCAUGCAUUUGUUCAGAAAUAUAUCAAUAACAGCAGUGCAGUUACUCAACCAACCAAUUGGAACAGUAAAGAAUCAUGGAGUGGGACCAUCACAGAUGUGGCAGACAUUGAAGAAAACAUCUGGACUCCCAAAUUGGGAAUUAAAGGAAAAGUAGAUGUCACAGUCAAAACACAUAAACAAAACAUCAAAAAGGUGAUGCCUCUGGAACUGAAGACAGGUAGAGCAUCAUUCUCAGCUGAACAUAGAGGCCAGGUGAUCCUCUACACCAUGAUGAUGUCAGAACUGGGGCAGACCGUGGACUCGGGGCUCCUGCUCUAUCUUAGGGAAGGGGUGAUGAAGGAGGUGAAGGUUGGGGUGGCGGAACGUCGGGAUCUGAUGUUGCUGCGCAAUCAGCUUGUGAGCGAAUUGCGAGCUAGCCAUCGCGUUGUCGUAGCUGACAACCAUCAGGUAGCACCACCCUCCCUGCCGCACCCCAUUAACCAUCACUCUGCCUGUGCCAAGUGUCCCUACCUCACCCUGUGUUCGUCUGCUCUCAGAGUGAGUGGAUCCGAAGAGUUGUCGAACACAAAUCCGUUGCAAGGCCUCUCCGUAGCGAGCACUGCUCACCUACAGAUGGAGCACAUGCUGUAUGUGUUCCACUGGACAGGCCUACUGAGGUUAGAGCACACAGAUAAUCAGCUACGGAGUCCAGCUCUGCACGAUAUUUGGACACUGCCUCCUGCCGAAAGAAGGAAGAGAGGCACUUGUGUCCCAGAAGUGCGGCUGGUGGGAGAGGUGACAGAGGUUACCGUAGGGAGUUAUGAGCAUGUCUUUGAGUGGGACUGUGAGGGUGGCUGCCCCCUGGCGGAGGGAGACUAUGUCAUUGUAAGCUCUCAGUCUCGACCUGCCGUCGCCGCCGGGCCUGUCCGACAUCUAGCAGAGUGCCAGCUCACGUUGCAUCUGGAGAGAGAUCUCAGUGUCCAACAGAAGGAGGACAUGGUUUGGCACUUGGACAGAUACGAGUCACAGAGUGGCCUGGUGUUCAACAUGACCAACCUGGGCAGUCUCCUGGAUAAUACAGAGCAGGCUGGCAGAUUGCGGAAAGCUGUCAUAGAUCUGGAAGUGCCCUCAUUCAACCCUAAGCUAAGUUCCAGAGUGUUGAAGGCCAGUGUGGAUGUGAUGGCUCUACUGAAUGACCAACAGAAAAAGGCCAUCUUCAGGACCUUGGCGGCUGAGCACUACAUCCUCAUCAAGGGCAUGCCAGGCACAGGUAAGACCGCCACGGUGGUAGCUCUGGUGCAAUUGGCCGUAAGACUUGGACUCUCUGUGUUGAUUACCAGUCACACGCACUCUGCAGUGGACAAUGUGCUGCUGAAACUGAGAGGGCUGGUGGACUUCCUACGACUAGGCGCCGUACACAAGCUACACCCCGAGCUGACCGACUAUGGGGAGUCACGCCAAGUAUUCUCAUCUCCUCAGGAGAUGCAGGCUUUCUAUGACUCCAAGAAUGUGGUAGCAGUGACAUGUCUGGGAUCAUCACAUCCUCUCCUCACUCGCAGACAAUUUGACCUGUGUAUUGUGGACGAGAGCGGACAAGUGCUGCAGCCCACUGUUCUACGACCUCUGUUUUCUGCCCGCAAGUUUGUACUCAUCGGAGAUCCGGAACAGCUGCCUCCGUUGGUUAGAAGUACAAAAGCAAAGGAGCUUGGACUCGGACAGAGCUUGUUCGCUCGGCUCGACCGCCCGGCUGUGACCUCAGAGCUGAGUCUGCAGUACCGCAUGAACCAGCGGAUAACCGAUCUUGCCAACACGUUGACUUACAACGGGCGGUUACAGUGUGGCAGCCCUGAAGUUGCCUCCGCCACCCUCUCUCUUCCUAAACCAUUGGUGGACCAGCCAGAUUGGGUGAGUCGAGCACUUGGGAGCUCCUUGGACCAAGCUGUGAUCGUACUUGACACGGGAAAGACAGAAGCGGUGGACUGUACCAAUGUAGCAGAGGCCGAAAUUGUCCUUAAAAUAGUGACAGCCCUUGGUCAGGGUGGAGUGGCGGGGGAGCGUGUAGGUGUGAUCGCACCCUACCGAGCUCAGGUGGAGCUGCUACGCAAGCGUACUGCGUGUCUCACAGGCUCCAGUCGCAUCGAGGUGAAUACCGUGGACCAGUACCAGGGUCGUGACAAGGACGUCAUUCUGUAUUCUUGCACCCGCUCCAGGAAACCGACUGAGUCUGACAUUCUUGGAGACAAAAACCGGUUGACGGUGGCCAUUACGCGAGCUCGCCACAAACUGAUCAUCAUAGGAAACCUCAGCUUGCUGCGAGACUACAAACUGUUUUCUUCACUCUUCAGAUCCGUCUCAGACGACUGUAUCAUUCCAGUUUCCUGACAAUCGAUCUCCAGAAUUCCACUUAUAGUAUCAACCAUCUCAUUGAAUAUCACUUUUGAAAUGAGACGAUUCUCCGGUCACAAAAUCACAUCUAAUUGGGAUGGUAUUUUAUUCACUUUUGUUUGUCGUAUAAAGCUUGAUUUUGGGGGCCUUAAUUGUUAAUGUGAGUAGAUGAAGGAUAUAACAAAAUAUAUAUUUAACCAGAUUCUAAACUAUCAAUCAGGCUGUAACCUUUAAAAAAUAUUGAUAGACUGUAUGGAAAAUAAAUAGAUCUGAGAUUGAUUAAAUAAAGACUGGAUACAUUUUUUUCACAUGCUGCAAAUCAUAAACGUAUUAAGGAUUUGAGCAUUGUGAGGGAAAAUAAAUCAAAUUGACAAGUGUAUAACACAAUUACCAUUAUUCUGUCAUUUGUUCGUUGAUUUUCUCUCUAGAGCAUCUCAAGAUUUUCACUCUUAUU